GUCGCUCUCCUGCAGCCAGCUUGCCACAACUCCCUGAGACCUCCCAGGUGGCAGCUGCCUCCCCCAGACAGGUUCCUCACCAUGACCACACUGAGCGCCCAAGUCAAAGGCUCCCUCAACAUCACCACCCCAGGGGUGCAGAUAUGGAGGAUCGAGGCCAUGAAGAUGGUGCCUGUUCCUUCCAGCACCUUCGGCAGCUUCUUCGAUGGUGACUGCUACAUAGUCCUGGCUAUCCACAAGACGGGCAGCAGUCUGUCCUAUGACAUCCACUACUGGAUCGGCCUGGCCUCGUCCCAGGAUGAGCAAGGGGCGGCUGCCAUCUACACCACACAGAUGGACGACUUCCUCAAGGGCCGGGCCGUCCAGCACCGCGAGAUCCAGGGCAACGAGAGUGAGGCCUUCCGAGGCUACUUCAAGCAGGGCCUCGUGAUCCAGAAGGGAGGCGUGGCUUCUGGCAUGAAGCAAGUAGAGACCAACUCCUACCAGGUCCAGCGGCUGCUGCAUGUCAAGGGCAAGAGGAACGUGGUGGCCGGAGAGGUGGAGGUGUCUUGGAAGAGUUUCAACCGUGGGGAUGUUUUUCUCCUGGACCUGGGGAAGCUUAUCAUCCAGUGGAACGGGCCGGAGAGUAACUGCAUGGAAAGACUCAGGGGCAUGAACCUGGCCAAGGGGAUCCGAGACCAGGAGCGGGGCGGGCGCAGUUACGUGGGUGUGGUGGAUGGGGAGAACGAGAAGGAGACCCCGAAGCUGAUGGAGAUCAUGAACCACGUGCUGGGCCAGCGGAGGGAGCUGAAGGCCGCGGUGCCUGACAAGGUGGUGGAGCCGGCACUCAAGGCCGCCCUCAAGUUGUACCACGUGUCUAACUCAGAGGGAAAGCUGGUGGUUACAGAAGUUGCCACGAGGCCACUCACCCAAAACCUGCUCAGUCACGAGGACUGUUAUAUCCUGGACCAGGGGGGCCUGAAGAUCUAUGUGUGGAAGGGGAAGAACUCCAACACCCAGGAGAAGAUGGGGGCCAUGAAUCAGGCAUUGAACUUUAUCAAAGCGAAGCAGUACCCCCCGAACACACAGGUGGAGGUGCAGAACGAUGGGGCCGAGUCAGCUGUCUUUCAGCAGCUCUUCCAGAAGUGGACGCUACCUAAUCAGACGUCAGGCCUGGGCAAAAUCCACAAUGUGGGCUCCGUGGCCAAAGUGGAGCAGGUGAAGUUUGAUGCCAUGUCCCUGCACAUCCAACCUCAGGUGGCCGCCCAGAAGAAGAUGGUAGACGAUGGCAGUGGGGAGGUGCAGGUGUGGCGCAUUGAGAACCUAGAGCUGGUGCCGGUGGAUUCCAAGUGGCUGGGCCACUUCUACGGGGGUGACUGCUACCUGUUGCUCUACACCUACCUCAUUGGCGAGAAGCAGCACUACCUGCUCUACAUCUGGCAGGGUAGCCAGGCCAGCAAGGAUGAAAUAGCAGCCUCUGCCUAUCAAGCCGUCAUCCUGGACCAGAAGUACAACAAUGAACCGGUCCAGAUCCGGGUCCCGAUGGGCAAGGAGCCACCACACCUCAUGGCCAUCUUCAAGGGACGAAUGGUGGUCUACCAGGGAGGCACCUCCCGAGGCAACAAAGUGGAGUCAGUGGCCCCCACACAGCUGUUCCAGGUCCAGGGAAACAGAGCCAACAACACCAAGGCCUUUGAGGUCCCAGCCCAGGCCAGCUCCCUCAACUCCAAUGACGUCUUCAUCCUUAAGACCCAGUCCUGCUGCUACCUGUGGUGUGGGAAGGGCUGUAGCGGGGAUGAGCGGGAGAUGGCCAAGAUGGUUGCUGACAUCAUCUCCCGGACGGACAAGCAAGUGGUGGUGGAAGGACAGGAGCCGGCCAACUUCUGGAUGGCCCUGGGUGGAAAGGCACCCUAUGCCAGCAGCAAGAGAUUGCAGGAGGAAACCCUGGCCAUCACCCCCCGGCUCUUUGAAUGUUCCAACCAGACCGGGUGUUUCCUGGCCACGGAAAUCCCUGACUUCAAUCAGGAUGACUUGGAUGAGGAUGAUGUGUUCCUGCUAGAUGUCUGGGACCAGGUCUUCUUCUGGAUCGGGAAGCGUGCCAAUGAGGACGAGAAGAAAGCCGCAGCUGUCACGGUGCAGGAAUACCUCAAGACCCACCCCAGCGGCCGUGACCCCGAGACCCCCAUCAUUGUGGUGAAGCAGGGAUACGAGCCCCCUACCUUCACAGGCUGGUUCCUGGCUUGGGAUCCCUUCAAGUGGAGUAACGCCAAAUCCUAUGAGGACCUGAAGGUGGAGCUUGGAAACUCCAGGGACUGGAGCCAGAUUACUGAUGAGAUCACAAGCCUCAAACCGGAUGCAUUCAAUGCUAACACCAAUCUCAUUGUUGGGCCUCUACCCAUCUUUCCCCUGGAACAGUUGGUGAACAAGACUGUGGAGGAGCUCCCUGAGGGUGUGGACCCCAGUAGGAAGGAGGAGCACCUGUCCCCCGAGGAUUUCACCAAGGCCUUGGGGAUGACGCCCACUGCCUUCUCUGCCCUCCCUCAAUGGAAGCAACAAAACCUCAAGAAACAAAAAGGCCUGUUUUGAGAAGCAGGGGUAGCUGCUAGCUGGAGGGCAGUACCCUACCCCGCUUGGUUUUUCAUGACCGGGAUGUGAGUCCUACACUAAUUGAGGUGAAAUUUUAGUUACCGGUGAGCGGCCUUCUGUGGCACUGCCACCUUUAUUGAGUAACCUACCUAUUCUUCCAGAAUGACACCUCUGUAAAGACACUGUGAUCCCAAUUUGAGACAUGAAGUGGGUGGGGGGGGGGGGGGGUUCACGUUGUUUCUAUCCUCAGGUAUUGCAUCACUUUUAGUCAUCCUGUUCUAGAGCUUUCCCUCCUGAGAAGAGCAGGCACUCCACGGGACAUCAGAAUUCUGAGGAGCCGUUCCUAGCUUUUCCUCUCUUGUGACACUUUUAUCUACAGGAAGUGGGCUGAAGAUCUUUCCCAGCGUAAUGGCUUUUCCUCUUCACUUUCCUGAUUUAGGCGAGACGUUAAAGGGGACUCCUCCUCUGUAGGAGUUGAAUGGCCUGGGAAAAUGACCUGUUAGGCAAUCUCACAACACUAACGGGUACCCAGUGAGAGCAACAUAUCCACUGGGUUUUAAAUGCAGGCUAUUUUACCCCCUUCUUUGGUACUAAUAAGGCAAAAGAGCUUAGCAAAGCCCAAUGCUGAGUUUACAAACGGUUAUCCAGAACCUCUGUAAAGCUUCACCGGCUCCUCAAAUGAAAACGAGAACUCCGUGCUGACCACAGCCACUGGUUGGGUUUGCCCUUCCGUUUCCUUUAAGUUGUAAUGGGGCUGCACGGAAAUCCAAGUCAGAAGGCCAACAGAGAGGGAUCUCAGAACCUCAACACGUGAUCGGUUAAGAAUGCAAGUGUCUGCAAGAAUAUGUCCUUUUUAGAAAUAACAGUCGAACCAACAGAAGGUUAAUAAAGGCUUUAAUUUCACACACACAAAAAA